UGCCCAUAAUGGAAGAAGAAUCUGUUCAUCAAACGAAAAUAUAUCAAAUAGAUCAACAUGGCGCAGCCUUAGUAACACAAUUGCCAGAAAUAUUGCAUCAUAUUUUUGAAUAUUUGGAAGACGAAGAGUUAGAUCAAUGCAGAAAAGUCUGCAGGCGAUGGAGAGAUGUUGUCGACAGAAUUUUGUAUAAGAAAGUGACGACGAUCAAAAGAGAAAUUCCUAUUAGCUUAAUAAGCUGCAUAUCGUUCGAACCGGAGAUACUUCGUCCGUACACUGGAUUCGACGAUUGUUUUCAAUACAAUUGGUUUUUCUUGGCGGAUGAACCCGUAUGUCCGUCCGAAUGUAUGAACGAGCACGAUGAUAACGAAAACAUUUCUACGCUGCUCACGGAAUGCAUCGAUUCAGAAUCUGACUAUACAGAUGACGAAGACCCAGGUGUUACGCACAGUUUUCCCCUAUUUACCAAACUGCCUUUGACAGAAGGAAGUACAGAAAUGCGGUUGAUAAUAGUACCAAAUAUUCCGGGCUUCACUAUACUAAAUUAUCCACUUGAACUAAAGGGACACUCUCUGAAUUUUUGUAACCCUUUAGACAAAAAGAAUAUAUUACAGUAUCUGUGCGACAAAAUAAAUAUAGGGAUCGAAGAAACAAAAUGUAUCAUCGCAUGUACAGAUAUAGUUUCAUAUUCUUCUGAGAUGGAAACUAAUUCAGUCAGUGCUAAGAAAAUAUGUCCAUACUUUGAAAGAUUGACUAUUUUUUAUGGAGAAAAAAUAAAUGCAAUUUCCGUUUAUUUUAAAUUCGGAAAAUCUGAGUAUAAGACUUUCAAAGAAAAACUCGAAAAUGUGAAAUCUGCAAAACCCAAGAUGAAACAGAGAAAAUGUUUUGCGUAUAUUUUCAAUGACAUGUGCGAAAAGUGUUUCGAUACAUUAAUUCGAGCUUUUAGAGAUGUUUUUCCUCUUGUAAACUAUUUCCCUUCGAGCACUUUUCCUCAUUUUUUAUCCAUCAAUCCACCUGAAAAUUACAAUUUUCUUGGCAACGGCGAAGAAUAUCUUAAUUCCUUGUCUAUGGCUUUAUUAGUUUUCAUCUGGUGGGAAUAAAUUCGAUGUACGAAAACUAACAAAUGAUUAUUUUUCAUUUGGAUGUAAUAUGCUAGUUUCGUUCGGAUGUUUUUCAUACUCUGUAUUUUGUACACUCUGUAUUUUGUUGUAUACUCCGUAUUUUGUACAUUUCUAUCUAACAAGAUUUGUGAUUUAACGAAAAGCGUGAAGUAUUGAUAUAUUAGUCUGAUGAAAAGAUAAAUUUCAAAAAAUAACAUAUUUCACUUAUUAAAAUUUAUAUAUUUGCGUGACUUGUAAAAAAAAAGUCAAGGAAGCGUGCUUAUAGUUGUUAUAGUUACGCUUUUUCUAAUACCGAAUGCAAUAAUUGAUUAAUU